AUGAGGCUAGAUGAGGCUAGGGACAAGCCUAUAAUUACUUGUUUGGAAUUUAUUAGAGAAUACCUCACAAACAGAAUAGUAAAUGUUCAUAAAGUGCUAGACAAAUGCAAAGGUUCUCUUAGUACAACUGCAACAACAAUCUUAGAAAACAAUACGACAGAGGCAAAUAAGAUGAGGGUUCUAUUCAGUGGAGCUGAUAAAUAUCAAGUGACUGGUCUAUGGAUGGAACAGUAUUUUGUGAACUUGAAAGAGAAGAGUUGCACUUGCAGGAAAUGGUACAUUACAGGUAUUCCAUGCCAGCAUGUUAUUGCUGCAAUGUAUGAUAGGAUGCAGAAUGGGUCAGAAUGUGGAGAUCCUGAGGCUUGGGUGAGCAAAUGUUACUGGCUUAGUACAUGGAAUGUUAUGUACCAACAUAUAAUUAACCCAAUAAAUGGAAGGAGCAUGUGGCCUAGAUCUGAUUGUCCAACAACCCUUCUCCCACCCAAAUAUCACAAACAGGUUGGCAGGCCAAAGAAAAAAAAGAAGAGGGAAGAUGAUGAGCCAGCUCAAAGUACCAGUUUAAGUAGGAAAUACUUGACAGUCACUUGCAGCAAAUGCCACAACAAAGGUCACAUUGUCAGGACAUGCAAGGGGCAGGGAGGUCCUAGUGAAGCUGGAAAGGGGAGUAGAUAG